CGGUCAUUUCCCCGACCUAUACCCUUCACUUCACCAACUCUUCAAAAUGGCCUCUCUGUGCAUGCGCUCGUCGCUGGCGCCCAAGGUUGCCUCGCGCAGCUCGGCUUUCCUGGCGUCGCCGGUGGCCCCUGUGCGCUCCGUCGCGCCCGUCAAGGCCGCUCCCACCACCGUGGUUGUGGAGGCCAAGCUGAAGACCCGCAAGUCGGCUGCUAAGCGCUUCAAGGUCACUGGCUCGGGCAAGGUGACUGCCCGCCACGCCGGCAAGCAGCACUUCAACGAGAAGAUGACCCGCGACCACAUCCGCGACUCGUCCAAGAUGUUCGUGCUCAGCCCGGCCAACAUCUACAACGCCACCAAGUGCCUGCCCAACAGCGGCGUUGGCGGCAAGUAAAUGCCUAAACCCGCAGCAGCUAGGAGCGAGGAGCCUGGGCCCAUGCAUGGGCGUGCGAAGCGCCAGCCGCAGAGCUGAAUGCAGCUUUGCAAGCAGCGUCGACAGGCAAACGUGGCAGGCGCAUAACGUCCUGGAUAACAGGCCCGAAGGCAGCCUGACCCAUAUCGCACGUUACCAUCGGAGGGCGCGGUGCAUGGGCGCUGGGUGGACGUUGAGAUGAACAGUGGCGGCGCAGGAGCUAAGCGCCAGGGACGCGUGCCAGCUUCAGCAGGAGUUGGCGAGUUCAAGGCGUGCGGCUGUUGGCCGGAAAUUGGGUGGACAUGGGGCACCUGUCGCGGGUGGUAUGCAAGCGCUGCUGCGCCUGCAGACGGGGCCAGGCGGGCGCAUGUGUGCUGCUGCCCGCGGGGUUGUGUGUUGAAGGUGUCGGUGUGAUGACCGGUGGGCUAGAUUGGUCAGCGCUGGAGCGGUGCCGUCUUGAAAGGCACGGAUGAGGUGAGCGCUUGAGCCGCAUGCCCCGCACCGUGCUUGCGGUGGUGGCCUGUGCCGCGCCAGGAGGCGAUUUUGGGCUGCAGCCGUCUGGUGAUUUUGCACGGGCCGCCCCCAAGUUCCGUGUUUUGGCGUCUGUGCUCGCGACGAACUUUCAACAGACGUCCACCGUUGUGAGACGUCGGAUUGCGAACUUAGGUAACAGGUCAGUCGGAGGGCGACGGCCUGCUGUAACACCACCAAAUCACAAGGCCCUUGCUGGGUGGGGCUCAUGGUGUGGGUGACGUUGGGAUUUGUGCGUGCACUUGCCUAUAUUGAGGCAGGUUGAGGACAGGGGUUGAGGAUGGUGAGGCCUGCCACCUGCAGGGCGAGCAGGCUGUCAGCUGACGGGAUGCGCACUUGCGCUGAGAGGACGCGGCUUCUUAGGCUGCGUACGGGCGCGCACUGCAAUCCUGCUAAGCAGGGGCCGCGCGGGCCCGCUUCCUGACACUACGCACUUCAAUGACACGGGCAUG